UGCAACAUUGUACAACGAUAAGGUAUUUACAAAGCAUAACGUCCAAGAUAAAACCGACAUCGAUAAAGGCAAAGAAUCGGACGUAUAUACAAAUGCCGUGUUUUGACAGAACUAUGACAACUAUUUACGUGAAAUUUUCUGGCAUUGUCGUUCCUUGUGAAGUCACAAAGACUACCACGUGUCAUGACGUCAUCCGCUUGUUUCGAUCGAGCAGACGCACACGCUCCUAUGCGAUGUUCGAGUCAACCAGCGAAAAGGAGAAGCUGCUUCCGAUGGAUUCGUCGUUGAUCAAGGUCAUGACGUCAUGGGGCAUCGAGAGUUUCCGGAAGUCAUUUGUUGUCCGACCGGUGGACGCGCACACAUUAGGACUUGCGAAGAUGUCGCGUGAACAGAGAAAGCGUCAUCGUCUGACCAGAGGAUAUAAAACGUCUGCUAGACACCCGUUUCCGACACUCUUCGGGAGAGAAGAGAGUGAGCUAAGGGAACGAAAAUCCCGCCCCUCAAAUGCCGGUAAGACUGACGAAUAUCGAGGGAAAUUGAACAUCAUGAGUCGCUUUAUUCGUGACACAGAUCUUUACAAUGCACGGUGCUCUUCGCGACUGAAUGACUCGCAUGACGCCAUUGAAGAGGGCGAGUUGACAGAGGAACUUCCGAUGAGGACACCUGGUGACGGCAUGGAGACAGAAUCUGUCGCUUCAGGAAUGAAGAGGGACCGGAUAUGCAAUACUUUUUGGGACACGGAUGAAGGCGGAUACAGCGAGAGCGAAUCUGACGUCAGUGACCUGAAUAAAUGCUUUGUGGCCAGCUUCAAUGACACGCGCACCGCGGAACUCUGCUGGUCAGAGGCAGAGAGCGCCUUCGUUGACGACAGCGACUGCAGCAGCGUCUGUGAACUGGAGAAGAACGUGCUAUGGGACCGCGAAGCGGCGUAUUUUCGCCUCGACCGAGUGCCCGGUUGUAAGAAGGCGGUCUGGCCCUGGUUCCUGUUCUCGUCUGUGGAACCCGGAUGUGACGAGGAAUGCAGCUUCAUAUGAAGUGACGUCAUGUAACUGUAAUGACAUAUUGCUGUAUGUAAAUAAUACUGCUUCGUUAAGUUUUGUUAUUUCUUUAUAAUAUGUGCUAAAAUAAAUAAUAUUAUUUAAAAUACGGAACGAGUAUAUUUGUUUAGGUUGUUGUUGAAGUUUGACGGUCCGGAAUUCCGUUAUUUCGCUAUAAUAUGUGCUAAAAUAAAUAAUGUUAAACCGA